AUGAUUAACUUGUUACAGUCGUGGAUAACUCCUACUCAGUUGUCUUCAGAAUGCGUACUUUGUACAGAGUGUUUGACACUGCUUCAAGAUAGAGCAAACACAAUCAGUGAAGGAUUGCCUGCUUUUGGUCAUAGAAAAUUAUGUUUUUCUUGUGGCAAUUCUAUUCUACGUGCAACUAGAACAUAUCCUGUAAGACAAGAUCGACAAGAGAGAAACAUUUUAGUUAGACGUGUUCCGCUGCAUUUGAUCUCAAGAUUGGAAAGAGUAUGUGCUGCUUGCUGGAGAUCAGCUGUAAGAGAAGUGCAACGUCAUGAUCAGCACGACUCCAAUCGCCCUGGUCUGUCAGAUGCUGGACCAAGUGGGGAUCUCAAUAUUCCUGAGCCACCCCCUCUUCCACAACAAAACCUACACACUGUUACACUACACACUACACACCAAGUUAGAUCAAAUUCAACAAUUAUAUCUUCUACGUAUAAGCGUGCCGCUAGCACAUCCAAUCACUGUAUAUUUGUUAAUUGUUUUGAAACAGAACGUUUACUGAUACCCUCAUCUAUAUCUAAUAUCAGAUUCUUUAUAUAUAUAUAA